AUGGAGGCGAUUGAGUCGCUGGAGAAAUUUCCAUCAGAUGAUACAAUACGUAUUUUGAUUACCACAGAUAAUCACGUUGGCUACAACGAGAAUGAUGCCAUUGUAGGAGACGAUUCUUGGAAGACGUUUCAUGAAGUCAUGACCACAGCCCAGGAUUACAAUGUCGACAUGGUAUUACAAAGUGGAGAUUUAUUUCAUGUUAACAAGCCCAGUAAAAAAUCAAUAUACCAGGUAAUGAAGACUCUUAGGAUGUGCUGCAUGGGGGACAGGCCGUGUGAACUAGAGUUUUUGAGCGAUCCAGCGGAAUGCUUUCGUUUCAACGACUUUCCUGGUGUGAAUUACGAGGACCCCAAUUUGAACAUUUCUAUACCUGUGUUCAGUAUCUCAGGUAAUCAUGAUGAUGCUUCAGGGGAUGGAUUAUUGAGCCCUAUGGAUAUCUUGCAAGUGAGUGGCCUUGUGAAUCAUUUCGGUAAAGUGACAGAGGCCGACAAUAUAGAAAUAACACCAUUAUUAUUCAAGAAGGGCGUUACAAAAUUAGCACUAUACGGUCUAGCUAGUGUGAGGGAUGAAAGACUUUUCAGAACUUUCAAAGAAGGUAAAGUAAAAUUCAAUAUUCCAGAUAGUCGGGACGAUGAUGAUUGGUUUAACCUCAUGUGUGUUCAUCAGAACCAUACAGGACAUACAAAUACUGCCUUUCUACCCGAGACUUUCUUACCAAAUUUUCUCGACCUAGUAGUAUGGGGUCAUGAACAUGAAUGCAUUCCACAUUUAGUACAUAACCCUAUCAAGGAUUUUGAUGUGUUGCAACCAGGAUCAAGUGUUGCGACAUCCUUGUGCGAUGCUGAGGCAAAACCCAAACAAAUAUUUAUAUUGGAGCUGAAGAACAAUGAAAAACCAUCCUUGAUACCAAUACCAUUAAAGACCGUUCGUCCUUUUAUAAUGAAGGACAUAUCUUUACGUGAUUUUCCUCAAUUAAAACCGCUCGAUAAAAGCUCUAUUAGCCAGUUCCUUUAUGAUCAAAUUGACGAGAUGAUUCAAGAAGCUGUUCAAAGUAACAACGAGGAAAACGAGGAUGAAAGUGGGACAGUACUUCCCUUAAUUAGGCUCCGAGUUAACUAUAGUGGUGAUAUAGACUCACAGGUUGAUUAUCAGGUGGAAAACCCAAGGAGGUUUAGUAAUAGAUUCGUUGGCAAAGUGGCCAACGCCAACAAUGUGGUUCAGUUUUACAAGAAAAAAUCACCAUCGGCAUCUAAAAAGAAGAAAUUAAAAUACGACUCAUCAGACACUUCACUCAUUAGUGAUCAAGAAGUUGCUGAUUUACAGGUACAAACCCUUGUUGACGACUUUUUACACAAGAUGCAGCUUUCCUUACUACCGGAGUUGGGAUUAAAUGAAGCUGUUCGUCAGUUUGUCGAAAAGGACGACAAAACUGCUCUUAAAACAUUCAUCGAUACAGAAGUCUCCCAUGAGGUAGAUAUAUUGGCUCAAAAUAAAGAACUCAUCAACACAGAUGAUGAUUCGAACUUAAAACAAUUAUUGAAGGAAGUAAAGAGAACAAACACAGUAACAAACACUAAAAAGAAAUCAAACCGAUACUCGAAUGUUGAUAAUAUAACGUCAGAUGACGAUUAUAAUAUGGAAAAUGAAUUUCCUUCCGAAUCACGGAACACUGCCCCUACUGGUGCUUCGCAAUCAAAACGGAGUGCAAACUCUGGCAGAAAAACACGCUCAACAAAUAGAAAAAGAGGCUUUGAAUCUGAGUUGGAUAGAUCUGAAUCUGAAUCUGAAGUUGAUGAAGGUGUUGAUAACAUUCAAAUAUUAUCUGAAGGUGAAGAGGAGGCUAAAACCAGUAAUAGUGACGACGAAAUUGUUGCUAUACUAGAUAACCCAAAAUCACCGACUAUCCAAAAAGCCAGACCUACAAACACAUCAAAAACAAACACUAAGAAAAUGGCAGCAGAGACCUCUAAACAAAAGUCCAGUACUCGAGGCAAAGGAACCCGCACACCAAAAAGUGAUGCCUUAAGUGAAUUGUUGGCAAGAAGAAGGUCUAAACAAUAA